AGACACACACACACACACAGAGCCCCGUGCACACACACACAGCCCGGUAACGCCAGGCCCCGCCCGCCCGGUGAGCGCGGGGCCUGCCGGGAGGCGCCAUUUGAAGCGCGCAGCGGCCGUUGGCGGCGGCGGUGCUGAGGGGCCGCGCCAUGGGCAGCGCCGAGCGGGCAGGUAGGGGCGGCUGGGGGAGCCCGGCUCCCGCCCGCGGGCCCCUCCUGAGGGGCCUCGCGGUGAGGUUGGCUUCACGGCUGAGGCAUCUCUAGGCCUUAUAGCAGCGCCUUCCGUUCCGUUCAGACGUCACGUUGCUUAAAGAUGUUUGUUUUUUUUUUUUCAUCUUGUGUCACGGAUUUGUAAGCGUUUUGUAGCCUUCCCCCCACUUUUGUCUGGCGACAAGUUCAGACAGAUAAAGCUGGAGGUGGACAGGAGCUGAGGCUUUCUACGGCUUGCCCGGCUGAUCUGUAGAUGCUCCUCGAACCUUUCAUUAUUAUCUUUAAAAAGUUAUUAAAAUGUUACUGUAAAGUGAUUUCCGGAACUAUGUGAAGAGACAGCAAAGUUAUUCUUCCUGCCUAUAUAAGAAAAACAGUACAAAGCAGUCUCUGUUGUAGUAACCAUGCAUUUUUUUGUCUUCAAAAAAUGCCUUACCACUUUUCUGGUAACUUAAAGUCCUUGACAGUACUUAUUAAAAACACUGUUUUGUUUGCAAAAGCAACAACUAGGGAAAAACAUCAUAAGAUAUCAUAAAUAGACAUGAAGACUUUUUCUUCCAAGGUGAUAUUUGAAUUGGGUGGUGAGGAAAAAAUCUGUAGAGAAUGCAUGUCCCUCAGAGCACUUUGAAUUCAGUACUCAAAAGUUGUGGAAAAAUCUAGCUCUUUGUGCAUCCAUCUCUUCCAGUUCUCAUUGGAGUGAAGUAGCUCCAUAUUCUUGUAAUCCCUAAACAGCAAACUAAUAAAAGUGGUCCUUGAAUUUAAACUCCCAUGAAAAAUACAUACGUUAGUAGCGUUAUCAUAGCCUAAGGAUAUGAGAAAAACUGGGUUUGUGAGAUGUGUGCUUUUUUUUUUAUAAGUAGAUGUCAUUUCUGAUUCUUUAUAAAGGAACAUCAGUGCUUAUUUUAUUAUGUUGUACAAGGUUUGGAAUUCCUAGUUACGCAUCCAGAUCAAAAUUUGCUUUUCUUUAUUUGGGAGAAAAAAUGCCUGCCUAGUCUGUGGUACGUAAGUACCAUUUGGCUCUCCGCUCCAGCUGUGUCACAGCUGUGUACUUGAAGCAGAUAGUGGCGUGUGCCAUUCCUCACGCUGUGUGCGGGUGGAGGAAAUCGGGUGUGGGACAGAAAGCAUAGCACGGGUUCAAUACUUUGGGUGAUUGAGGUAGCAUGAUUGUGAUCAACCAUGUAUGGUGGAGUCAAAAACACUUCUUUCACUGUAACUAACCAUGUAUUUAUUUCUGUAUCUUUCAGUUUUGUUGUUAAUCUGGUUUACUUCUUAAUAGAUUGGGUUGAUGUUGCCAAUGAACUUUUAAGGCGCUGCCACAUAAACCAGCACAUAAAGCAUCUCUCGGAAUGUGGUGCUGAUGUGUUUGUUCGUCUUUAUGAAUCAAUCUUGGGGGAAAAAGUACCAGAUUUCAUAGCUACUCCUAGAAGUCAAGAGGAUGAUGCACAUAAUGUACAAGCGGUAAUAGAUUCUCUAGCACUGGACUACUUGCAGGUCAGCUUGUCACAUAUCACUGGUGAGAACAUUGUGAAAGGAGAAAGGGAAUCUAUCAAAAACCUCCUUGAAAUAUUUGAUGGUUUGUUAGAGUAUCUUACAGAAGAAGUUGGUGAAUCUUCUUCUCAGAACGGAGAUGAGAUAAAUGAGCUGCCCAAUAACAAAAUUCAAAUUACAUCUCCAGACCAACUGGAAAGCAAUGCUGGUCAAUUUACGUUGCCUUCAAAGCUUUCAUCAGUUUCAGGUUCCCAGUCAGAACUUUUCAUUCCGUCCCAUGAUGUAGAUGGAUCAGAAUCUACCAGCGAAUUAAUUAGACUUGGAGAUACUGCUCAUUCAUUCUCAGAGAGGGGGGAAGGAUUCCAGUUUCCUGAAUUGUUAUCAGCAGAAAUGAAGAAGGGGAUGGAAGAACCGAAAAACUCAGGGGUUAUUGCAACAGUAUCUAGACAGUUCUCUCAAACUGAAAAGGCAAUUGUGAAGGAAAAAGAAGAUGGAUCAAUGGAGUUUAUUCAUACUGAUGAACUUCAAAAAGACGGUUUGAGUUCCAGUGCUAAGAAACUUGGGGAGCCUAUACGCCAGGCUAUUCCCUUGCUACCACCGUUUCAGCCUGCUGAAGCCAGAUCUCAUGAUCCUAUGGAGAGAGAUUAUCAGAGCUCAGACAGCCAGUCAGCAGCUUUGGUUGACUGUCAAGAAGUGGAAACUUCUACUCUUGAAACAUCACUUACACAAAAAACUGAAGAUGUUUGUACUAGUCUUCCUCUAUCAAGGAAAAUCCCUGCACGAGACAAGAUGGUCUCAAGUGAUGCUGAAAACCACGUGGCAAAGGUUCCUUGGGUAUAUGGGACUUCUACAUCUGCUUCCCCCUUAGAUCAAAAAUUCUCACUACACACUGAGCAAGUAGCACAAACUCCAAGACCCCAAUCAAGACAUCUGCCUAGAAAGAAAAGAUAUGAAAAUUCUACCACAGAUUCACUUGAAGAGUCUCUUUCUCCCAGAACAACAAAGGAAAAUCUAUCUAAGCAAGAGCUUCAUAAAGUAUCAGAAAAACUUUCUCGCAGGUUAAACGAACUAGAUUUAAUGUUAAAGAGAGCUUUGGGUGAGCAUGCCAGAGAAGAGGAGGUGACAGAUGAAGACAACCUGUCUCAGCACAGUGACAGUGUCAUGGAUUAUCGCAGAAGGAAAACUAAGCAAGACACACCACAUACGAAGUACCCAAUCAGACCACGAUCCCUGUCUCCGUCCUCACCCUCAUCUCAGCAUCAACUUUUUUCUGAGUUAGAUGUACUUCACAGUAAUGGAAAAGGUCAAAUGAGGAAAAUACGCAACCAAUUGCGAAAAGAAAAGGAUGAAAGAACACAAGAAGCAAAGGUGGUUGCUAAAGCUUAUGAAGAUGAACUAAGAAUUUAUGAAGCUAGGGAGAGGCUUAGAAUUUCCAAGCUCAGAGAAGAAGUCAAGGAAAUGGAACAAGGAUACAAAGAAAACAUCUUUAAAGAACCUUCAAAAAUGCUUCAGCCAGUGAAAGUUUAUUCUAGAAAAACCACACCUCGGAAUCCCAGAUACAGCCAGUGGAUUCCAAAACGAGGGACUGCGAAGCCAAAGAAAGCAGCUCCAAUGGAAGUAAGAGAUGAUGACCUCCUGCUUCAGCUACUGGAAGAGUUUCCCCACCUGCAUAUUUCCAACCACAUGAUGAACAAAAUGUGGCAUCAGCAGCUCGCACAGACUGAACAACUUAAGGCAGCUUCUGGCAGAGCUAGAUUAAAACUCCAAAAUGAGGUUCAACAAGCCCUGAGGAAGCAUCAGCUUCUUGUUGCAAUUAUUAAAAAAAAUCAAGACCAUAACAAGAGACUGCAAGAAUUUAAGCAACGUAUCUGCCGACAGAAAUGGGCUCAGAAUAGGGUGAAAGAAAAACGCCAACAAAUUGUUAGAGCCAGGAAAUACUAUGAAGAUUACCGGGUCCAGUUGCGUGCCAAGAUGAUGCGGGCUAGGACACGGGAAGAAAGGAUAUUUAAAAACUUAUUUGAAGAAGGCUUAGAAAUUCAGAAGCAAAGACUAAAGGACCUCAGAGCAUAUGCUCAAGAGAUGCGUGCUGAGCAAAGGAGAGAGCAUCAAAAUGAGUUGGAGUCCAUGGAGAACUAUUACAAAGAUCAGUUCUCUAUGCUAGCAGAAGCUUUAUCUCAAGAACGUCAAGAAAUCCAAACCAGAGAGAAAGCACAAGCACAAAUGCUGCAGAAAACAAAGAGAGAAUUGAGAUCAAGGAUGGAAAAGGAAAUACAACAACUGCAAACUGCAAUAAUGCAAAAUGAUGAUGACACCUUUUUUCAAGAACUAGAAGCAGACAGACUGAAAUCUCGACUUCAGAUGGCUUCCUUUCAGUAUAGCAAAAGCAGUUUCUCAUAAGACAUGGUAAAUAUCACUGCAGCUGUCUGGCUAAGCUGGUGGGAAUCUUUAAGAACUGCUGUAACAAGAAGAUGGUGUGUAGCUGUUGUUCUCUAAGACCAGAUUUGUCAUUUUGACGUGUCGGAGGGGUAGUUGCUGAUGUCUGGAACUUUGAGCACUUUUAUGAUCAUCAAUA